UGUAUUGUUGAACGCAAUAUUUCAAAUAACGUUUGAAAUUGCAAUUCAAAUAUUGUUCGAACAAUUCGAGAUAGAAUGGAAUAAAUUGCUUUUCGACUUUGGAUUAUAAUUAAUGCUAUUUGGAUUAUAAUUAUAAUGCUUGAACUUGAGACGUUGCGAAAUAAUUUGGCUCCUUCUGUAAAGAUAGAUAACAUUUCUUUGUCAUAUGUAAAUCGUAUUUUUCCAAAGUUCAAAAAUACGCCGUAUUUUAUUUUGUACAAAAAAGCAUCUGAGUCUAUCAAUGAUUGUACGAAACGUACUGAUAAUGAUGAAACUAGUCAGCUUGAUCUCACUGGAUCACCUUUGAAGUAUUCAUUCAAAGGAGAAGAUGAUUUUGAAGAUAGCACAAUUUUGGUAAAGCAAAAUUGGUAUGAAGGAGAAGAAAAGUAUUUACCACUGAGUAGAACAGAAGCAUGCAUAGCAUUGAAUGUAUGUAUUGACUUCAUAAAUGAUUCUUUUCCUCCAAUAUUUGCACUUUGCGACAGCAAAGAUCAUAAGAGAAGCAAAUUGUUAGGUGCAAUAAUUGAAGGAGAAUGGUUUACAACCAUAGAAGCUUGUACAGUUGAUAAUGAAACUUACGAAACUGUUAAAAACUGUUCCUCUGAAAUAUUUCAAGAACACUUGCAACUUUCACGUGCAUGUGAGCAAGAUAUUAUUGUUUCUGCAUUUAAUAUUUUUGAUUUGUUUGGAACAAAAGAAGAAAUAAUUGUCAAAGAUAAAAAUAUAAGUAACUUUGAAGGGAGUUUAAGUGUUGAAGUAGACACCUGUAGUUUAUCAAGUACACCCACAAGAACAUCUAAAAAUAUUAUAAUUGCUCAAAUUGCUACAAACUCAAAUAAUAGUCCUUUGAAAGAAUUAUGGAAACAACUAUUAUUGUUAAAUCAAUAUCUGAAUAUAGUGGAAAAUUAUACAAAAAAUGAAGAUUCUUAUAAUUCAGUUCCUUUGAAAUUCCCACAUGAUUUUAUUAAUCCAUAUGAAGAGGAAUUUGUUACAAUACUGAACAAUUUAAAUCUUUUAUUAAGUGGAGAUCACAGUUUUAGAAAUACUAGUGACACUAAGAAACAUAAAACUAAUUUUUCGAAUGAAGAAAAUACAGAAAAUGAUAUGAAAAUCCAUCAAUGUAUAGAAAGUCUAUCAUUUAGAUACAAUUUGGAUUUUACAGAUUUUUUAUGGGAAUUAUUAAUAAAAAAUUCAAAUUAUUUUGAAAUGACAAAAUGUAUUCAUACAGUGCUUGAAGAAAUUAUAAUAAAUGACUGUUUGCCACAGGUCAAUUUUACAAACUCAACAAAAUUUGCUAAAAUUAUUACCAAUCCACAUCAGCAAAAAAUAAUUUCACAUCUAUUAUCGGGUAGUUUACCAUUAGAAUAUGUUAUAGAUAUGGGUUUUGAAAAAUUAUGCAAAGAUUACAUAUCCAUUUUAGCAAAUAUAAAAUUUGGUGAAUUGCAUGAUGUUCAACAAAAAUUAAAAAAUGCAUCUUAUAAUGAGUUUACAGUUAAUACCUAUAGAAAAAAAUUGUUAUAUUUGGUACAAAUUCAUGUAUGUUUGGAAUUUAUAUUAUUAAUACAAAAUAAUUUAGGAUGUUCAAAUGACGAUCUAAGAACUUUGUUUUGCUGUGCAUUCAAACAGUAUGUCAGUGAGAAAUCACCAAUACAAAAUUGCUGUGAUUUACAUAAAAAUAAAAUUUAUACUUUAACACUUCCCCUUCCUAUUUCGGCAAUAAAUCAUUUAAAUGAAAUUCCAAGUGUGAGAAGAAUUUCUCUUUCAUCUCAAUCUAAAUUGACGAAACUAACAACAAUUAAAUAUUAUAGCCAGUUAUCGAUUUUUCCAACGAAUAUAUAUCCUUUAGAUGACGCAAGUAUAAUAAGCGAAGGAUAUCAUGUGAUUAAUGCAAUUUGUUCGUCUAAUAAAUUUAAAUAAGAUAAUGGUUCCAACAAAUUUUGAUAAAGAAACAGCGAAAACUUUAUUUGGCCAGGUAUUAAAGGUAAUUCAAUUAUAUUGCGAGGUAAUUAUAUGUUUAAUUCAUAAUUAAUAAAAUAAAAAUUGUAAAAGCAUUUUUCAAAUACAUUAAAUGUAUUCAGUAUAAAUAUAACUAGAUUUAUGAGUGUUUGUACUCUCAGUCAUUGAUAAUGUACACUCCAAUUUACUAUUAGACAUUACUUUCACUGACCUAAACCUUGUUAAAUAUAUAUAUUUAUA